ACUUUGGAGGGAUUGAUUUGAAUGGGACUGUAGCAGACACUGACCUCUCCUAUAGAUAAUGCAUCAAAGACUUUUAAAUUUUAUCAUUUGAGUAACUUUAGGGGGAUAUUGUUCAGUUUCUUUACCUGAUUUAGUUCUUCUGGACUUUUAAAUAUGAGAUUUUUGAAACUUUUAUUUGAAAUUUCGUCUGGAAUGAAAGAAAACCUGUGGUGCACUUGUGGUUUCCCUGCCAUGACGCGUGUGAACCGAGCUGUUUGUGCAAAGCGACAGGAGGCUUCGGAGGCGCUGACUGCGGGACUAAGUAGCUCUCCAGGGUGCUGAAGUUGUCUCUGAACGCAGCGCCCGAGUCCUUCCUGUCACUUUCAGCCCCUAAUCCACACACGAUGACUUGGCUGUGCCUUCGCUAGCGCGACACCGUGGAUCCUCGGGGUGAGAAGGUAAGGGCUCUGGGAUGGUUAGCUGACGAUCGGAGAGGACGCCUUUGUCUCAGACCUUCGCACUGGCCUGGUGCCUUUCAAGAAAUGGUGUCUUUGGUGCAAUUAAUAAAUUACAAGUGAAUAACAAAAAUUCACUUUCUUGGACACCCUGGCAGGACAAUGCAACACAUCUGUUCUCGUUUCAGAAGGGCGCAAUUGGAGUCCAGCCAUCCACAAAGGCCCGUAAUUAGUAAACCAACUCCAAACUCACCGACCUUACAUAACUUUGUGUUAUGGGUCCUCCUCUUAGUGUUGACGCUUCCUUGUUGUGUGUGUUUAACGUUCAAAGUCGGGGUUUUGGGGCCUUGGAACUGCGACCCUGUGUUCUACAGGUCGCUGCCUGCUGAGGCCGCCAGACUCGCCGUGAGCAGGAUCAACGCAGACCCGGAACUUGCCCUCGGUCUGAACGUGGACUUUGUCGUUCUCCAGGAGCCUUGUGAAACCUCCAAAGCUCUCACCGCCUUUUUUUACUACGAGAAGAUGGCGGAUGCGUUUCUGGGCCCCACCAACCCCGGAUACUGUAGUUCAGCUGCUCUUCUGGCCAAGAACUGGGAUAAGGCCAUCUUCUCCUACAGCUGUCUUAGUUGCAAACUGGACCCCACCGCAGGAUAUCCCACAUUUACAUGGACUGUGCCAAUUCCCACUGAUGUGUUGUUCAUCGUGUUGAAACAUUUUAGAUGGGCCAACGUUGCGGUGGUGUCAUCCAAUGAGGAUAUGUGGGUGGAUACUGCUGGGAGAGUGGCCACCGCUCUGAGAACUAAAGGGCUUCCUAUUGGUUUGGUCGCAUCUGUUGGCAUCAAUGACACAGAGGUGGUAAACACACUGAGGAAGAUCCAGGCUGCUGGAGAGAUCAGGGUCAUCAUUAUGUGCAUGCACUCAGUCCUAUUUGGAGGGGAGCAACAGGCCAGUUUCCUGCUCAAGGCGCAGAACAUGGGCUUGACCUCAGGGAAGUACGUGUUUGUUCCCUACGACACGCUCCUCUACAGCGUGUCCUACACCAACGUCUCCUACUGGCCCCUGCACAACAACAGCAGGCUGAGGGACGCCUACGAUGCAGUGCUCACUAUCACUAUGGCCUCAGAGGCUUUGUCCUUCAACGAGGCAUUCACUGCUGCUCAGAGAAGUGGCGAGUUGGCAGUAUCUGCACACGCAGAGCAGGUUAACCCACUAUUUGGGACCAUCUAUAACAGCAUCUACCUGCUGGCUAAGGCUAUUCACAAUGCGAGGAAGGCGGCCAUGCCCCUGAACGGCUCCAACCUGGCCUACUUCUCAAAGAACACGUCAUUUAACGGCUUCAACCAGAAGAUCCAGGUGGAGGCUAGCGGGAAAGUCAGGUGCAACUAUGUCAUCCUGGACACUAACAACAAAGGAAGUCAGCUCUAUCAGACCUAUAUGGUUGAUCUAGCGUCUGGGGGGCUUCAGUUUGCGGGGAAGUCCAUUCAUUUUCCUGGAGGAUCCCCUCCGUCGCCAGAUUCUAUCUGCUGGUUCCAAAAGAAUGCAGUCUGCACCGGCGGUGUGGAGGUGACCUACAUCAUUGCAGUGUUUUCUGUGGUCUUGAUUCUGGCUGUAGGAGGCCUCAGUAUAACUCUUUAUGUAAGAAGGAGACUCCAACAGAUCCAGCUGGUCAAAGGUCCCAAUCGGAUCCUCCUGACCCUGGAGGAUCUCACUUUUAUUAACCCCCAGCUUAGCAAGAAGAAAAUUACGUUAGAAGAUCUAAGUGAGUCCAAGAGUGUCCUUGAUGAGAAAUCUGCAGACCCCUCACACUCCAUGAACAGCAUGCAGGCAGCAACUCAUGAAACCACUAAUGUAGCUGUGUAUGAGGGCGACUGGGUGUGGCUGAAGAAAUUUGAAGAGGGGCAGUUCAAGGAGGUGAAGCAGAGCUCGACGAGGAUUUUCACAAAGAUGAAGGACCUGAGGAACGAGAACGUCAACCCCUUCCUGGGCUUCUUCUCAGACUGCGGCAUGUUCGCGGUGGUGACGGAGCACUGCUCGCGGGGCAGUCUGCAGGACCUGCUGAGGAACGAGGACGUUAAGCUAGACUGGAUGUUCAAGUCAUCCCUUGUGCUUGACCUCAUCAAGGGCAUGAAAUACCUUCACCACAGAGAAUUUCCUCAUGGCAGACUAAAAUCUCGUAACUGCGUAGUCGAUGGACGAUUCGUCCUCAAGAUUACCGACUAUGGCUUCAAUGAGCUGCUGGAGUCUCAGAAAGCGGCUUUAGAAGAAUGUCCAGCUGAAGAUCUAUUUUGGGCUGCACCAGAGUUCCUUAGAGACCCCACGAGCACUCGUAAAGGCACCUACAAGGGCGACGUGUACAGUUUUUCUAUAAUACUUCAAGAGGUGGUGGUCAGAGGGCCGCCGUACUGCAUGCUGGGUCUGCCACCUGAAGAGAUCAUACGUAAGGUGAAGAAGCCUCCUCCAAUGUGCCGCCCCACUGUGGCCCCAGACCAGGCGCCACUGGAAUGUAUCCAGCUGAUGAAGCAGUGCUGGAGCGAGCAUCCAGACCGCAGGCCAACAUUUGAUGAGAUCUUCGAUAGGUUUAAGAUAAUCAACAAGGGUAAGAAGACUAACAUCAUUGACUCUAUGCUGAGGAUGCUGGAGCAGUACAGCUCCAACCUGGAGGACCUUAUCAGGGAGAGAACAGAGGAGCUGGAGGUGGAGAAGCAGAGAACGGAGAAGUUGCUGUCAGAGAUGCUCCCCCCCUCUGUAGCUGAGGCUCUGAAGACUGGUGCCUCAGUGGAGCCAGAGUACUUCGACCAGGUGACCAUCUACUUCAGCGACAUUGUGGGUUUCACCACCAUCUCCUCACUCAGCGAUCCCAUCGAGGUGGUCGACCUUCUCAACGACCUCUACACUCUGUUUGAUGCCGUCCUCAGCAACCACGACGUCUACAAGGUGGAGACUAUCGGUGACGCUUACAUGGUGGCAUCGGGCCUGCCGAAGAGGAACGGCAACAAGCACGCCGCCGAGAUCUCCAACAUGUCCCUGAACAUCCUCAGCUCGGUGGGAACCUUUAAGAUGCGCCACAUGCCCGACGUGCCCGUCAGGAUACGAAUAGGAAUCCACUCAGGGCCGUGUGUUGCCGGGGUGGUGGGCCUGACUAUGCCUCGGUACUGCCUUUUUGGAGACACCGUCAACACUGCCUCUCGCAUGGAGUCCACUGGGCUGCCUUACAGAAUCCAUGUGAACAUGAGUACUGUGAAGAUCCUUCGUUCUCUUAACGAUGGUUACAAAAUUGAAGUUAGAGGGAAGACGGAGUUGAAGGGUAAAGGUUUUGAAGAGACGUUCUGGCUUGUGGGGAAAACAAACUUUACAAAGCCUUUGCCAAAGCCACCAGAUAUCCAACAAGGGCAAGACAAUCACGGGCUGAACCCUGAGGACAUAGCUGCAUGCAGGAGAAAGAAAGCUGAGAAGAAGGCUUGACCUUCUUUGUCCAAACCCAGGAGGUAGAGAGCCGCGCCAGCUGCUGUUGUGCUGUGGCUGUCAGUUCCAUGUGAUCAAAUGCAUUGUUCGAGCUUGCACGCUCGGUUGCCUCUUAUCGACUUUUGAGUCUAAGUGAUUGGUUUGUGAUCUACUCGUCUCAUUAAUCUCUUGAUCCUACGCGCUUUUACUGUACAUCUUAUUAAGCAGAUUGCAGAAAACGCUCUUUGUUCCUUGUUUCACUGUAUCUGUGUGGUACAUUUUCAUGAUUACUGCUCAGUUACCUGUGGCAGCGUUUGUCCUUUUUCGUGUGCUAUGUCUUAAUUCCAGAGCAGAAUGUUAUUAACUCCACCCUCUGUCUUAACUAGGGAUAACUGGCAGGAGAUGGUGACCGAGGAGAUCAAGACACUUUUUUCCAAAGCCGACAGGCGGAUGGACAAAAAAAUCGGAUCGAGAGAUGGUGACGGGAAAAUGUGAAAGCAGCACAUCCAGAAACGAGGAGUUGGGAGGGGGAGGCGGGGGACGGAGCACCACCCAGCCUCCCUCCAUGGCUUAAUGCAGACAUUUUUAAGAGGAUUGUCCAUUGACUGGCUAAUCUGCCUGCAGCCAGCACAGCAGAACAUGACGGUGCUAAUGUAAUGAGAGUUGUUGCAUUACCUGCCUGCGUACCUGCUGCCAGAAGCACAAGGAAGCUGCACCACCCUGUGAUGGGACGCACUCAUUCAAUACUCUCAUUCACUGGCCACUG